ACUUGAAAUAAUAAAUGAUGAUCAUGAAAUAAAACAUAAUCAACAUCUCGAUGAACCAUCACUUUAUCCACAUGAAAUAAAAAAAGCCUUCGAUGGUUUAAAAUGUAUUGCAACACAUAUGAGACAAGAAGAUGAAGAAAAAAAAGUUAAAGAAGAAUGGAAAUAUGUUGCCUUAGUUAUUGAUCGUCUUUUUCUUUAUAUAUUUACAACAGCUUGUGUUGCUGGUACAUGUGGAAUUAUUCUACAAGCACCAUCAAUUUAUGACAAUCGAAAACCAAUUGAUGUUAUUAAAUCUAAUCGUUUUUAA